AUGAGGCAUAGUCUACUCUUCGCCGUGGCAACUCUAACAUCAAUCGCUCAGGUGCGUUCACUCAACACACCGCGGGAUAUCUUCGUCGAGGGUGGUGAUGAAUCGGGGUUGACGAGAAAGCAGGGCGCGGCUGUCGACAAGAGACAAAACAUCAACAUCGAUGGAAGUGGAAACGUCAACGUAGAGGGCGCCAAUGCGGGCUCGGUUGAAGUGAAGACGGUGGCCCUUGGAAAUGCUGGAUCGCUGAACAAAGGAGCGAACGGGGGAGGAUCGGGACAGGGCAACCUCAUCGCCGGCAUCUUGGACGCUCUCAACGGUGGCAGCAGAAACAACCAGGGCAACCGCAACAAUCCGAAUAACGCUUGUCCUCCAGCUCCUCCAGCUCCUCCAGCUCCUCCGGCUCCGCCGCCAGUCACUGUUACGAAGACGAUCUACCAGAAUGCCUCAGUACUUGCGCCGUUGACGGUUUUCGUUACGCAGGCUCCCCCGCCUCCGCAGAUCAUCACGCAGCUGGUCACGCAAACGCCGCCCGCUGCAGCGCCGCCUCCGGCAGCUCCUCCUGCCCAGCCUCCUGCGGCCCAACCUGCUGCUCCCGCUCCCGCAGCCCCAGCAGCCCCCGCGGCACCGCCAGCCGCUCCUGCGGCAUCGAAAGCGCCUCUAGUCAUUCCGGGACCUCCUCCUCCGGAUCCUUUCGCGGGCUUGAAAUCGAACCCGCCCCCUGCGGCGGCUCCUGCGGCGGCUCCUGCGGCUACCCCGCCUCCCGCAGCAGCUCAACCUGCUCCGGCUCCCGCUGCCCCUCAACCGGCCCCUCAGCCCCCUGCUGCCCCCCUCGUAGGCAACGCGCCCGCCGUCAGCAACCCGUCCGCCUCCGUCAACCUGGGUGGCCUUCCCGGCAACGGUGCUGCCAACCAGCCCGCUGCAGCGACGCCCAUCGCCCCGAUCGCCGCGAACCCCGCUCAACCCCAGGUCGCCGUCAGCGGUCUCGCAUUGACAAAGUCUCUCCAGCUCGGCAAUCUCUUGCAGGCGACUGCCCAGCUCCAGGCCCGCGCGACGCCCCCAGCUUGA